AUGACUCUGAAGGUGGGAGACAAGGUAGCCGUUUACGGCUACCCAGCAACGGUGAAGUAUGUCGGCUCAUUCCCCACCUGCAGGACUGCCGCUCGCGGCUCGGGACGACUCACAGGUCCAGUUGUUGGCGUCGAGUUUCACAAGAAAGGCGCAGGGGACUGUGACGGCACUUACCAUGGACAUAGAUACUUCCAGUGCGCUCCGAGAAUGGGGCGCUUUGUGCGCGAAUUUUCCGUGAAGUCAUACAGCCCGGAAACCUGCGCUGCCAUUCGCAUCCAGGCCUGCUACCGCCGUUACCGAGCGGCUGAGACAUUCCAAGAGCUGGCGGCUUUUCGAUUUUGGAAUGAACUUGACCAUUUUGAGGAGAAGGACGCCCUUGUCAACAACAGAGAUGUUGGCACCCCAACUCUCAACACGAUUAAAAAGCAGAUUCACGAAGCAGAUGUCUUUGAAGUUGGUGAUGUACCCACGGAGAGGCCGCACUCGGGCAGCAGCCUUCAAGUUCCGGGGGCUCCAGGAAGCGCUGCUCCAGGUGGCCGUUUGGCUAGACGACGCUCAUCGACGAGACAGCGUCAGAGCAUCGACGCUUCUACUAUUGCUGAAGAGGGUCUUCCACCCGGCUACACGGGACCCCACCUCAAGUGGCCCAUCACUAGGGAGUUUGCUUUGGACCUGAUCGACCAUUUCCGCGAGCACUCGGAUGUCCCUCUGCCUCGCAAGUAUGCGCUGGAGCUGGUGAUGGCGGUGGAGGAACAUUACAAACAGACGAUGAAGGGUGCAGUUGCGGAAGUCGAGAUCCCGAAGAAGCCCGGUGCCCGUCUUGUGCUCGUUGGCGACACGCAUGGACAGCUGAACGACGUCCUUUGGAUUCUGUACAAGUUUGGGCCUCCCUCUGCGACGAACGUGUAUCUGUUUAAUGGAGAUAUAGCUGAUCGAGGCCGCAGUUCAGUUGAAAUAUUUCUGCUUUUGUUUGCCUUCAAGCUGCAAUGCCAUUCUUCCGUGAUUAUCAACAGAGGGAAUCACGAGAGCGCAGAUAUGAAUGAGGUAUACGGAUUCGCUCAGGAGGUGCGGCAGAAGUACGGCGGGCUGCUAUAUCAGAAGUUCCAGGAUAUUUUUCACCUGCUACCCCUCUGCGUGGUGCUUGAGAAGCGCGUGUUUAUUGUGCACGGAGGUCUCUGCCGAAAGGACAACAUCACACUGCACCACAUCGAUCAGCUGCACAGGCAGCGACCCUGUCCGGCAUCUCCCCACACCUUCGAGGACACCCUGAUGUUCGAUCUCCUUUGGUCUGAUCCACAGCCAGACCGAGGUAGGGGAUGGAGCACCAGGGGUGCAGACUGUAUUGCAUUUGGCCCCGACGUGACCGACGCUUUCCUCACGAAAAACAACCUCGAAGUCUGCAUCAGAUCCCACCAGGUGCCGACGAACCUUCGAGGGUUCGAGCCAGUGCACGAUGGGCGCUGUGUGACGCUUUUCUCCGCUUCCAAUUACUGUGGGACUACGGGUAAUUAUGGGGGCGUGAUUAUCUUUGAGGCCAACCUAUCAUUUGAGAUCCAAGAGUACAUGGCGCCUACCCUGCAGGAAAUACAGCAGCUGCACCGUGAGACUUGCGCGGCGACACAGAAGGUGCUGUUGCAGAAGAAGAUAAAGGAACUAGAGACUCAGGCGAAACGGGCAAACAGACGGUCAGCCGCGGCAAGGAUGAGCCAAGAAAUCGUCCAGAAAAUGUGCAAGAUGGUAUGCGAGAAGAAACAAGACCUCUGGUGGUGUUAUUUUAAUAUGGACGCUGAAGGAUCGGGGAAAAUCACACCCGCGCAGUGGCGAGAAGCAUGUUCAAUAGUACUGGGACAGGAAUUGCCGUGGGUGAAUAUCAUGAAGUGUCUGAAGGCGGUCAGCAAGGAUGGAUUCGUUCAUUACAAUGACUUCCUGUAUCGAUACAAAGUUGAUUUUAGGCCACCAAUUUGCAAGCACCUUAAUUGGAGACAGGAAUGCGUUGCAAGGGUGUUCGAGUCCAUCAUGAGCGCGGAUUUGAGUUUAAAGGAAACACUGAUGCUAUUUGACAGAAAUUGUGACGGAACGGUGUCGGUCAGAGAAUUCAACGAGCUCCUGUCUGAACUAGAUAUUGGUCUCAGUGAACCCCAGGUGCGUAUCCUUAUGCGCCUGAUCACUGCGAGUCCAGCGUUUAACGCUGCAGCAGGCAGCAUCGACGUUGCGGAAUUCCUGGGCAGAUUCAAAGUUGUGUACUCAAACUCAAUUAAGGAGGACCGAGCGCUGCACUGCAUUGGGAAGGCAAUUUUAGCCGACAAAGCAGAGGCUGCGUCUCGUCACUAUGAGCAGCAACAGUUACAGGAAGGAGGCUUCAUGGGCGAAGGAGGCAGCAGAAGAAGAAGCUCGGCAGACAGGGCGGUUGCACUCUUCCAAAAGUUUAAAGAUUACAAUGAGGGAGGCGACGGUUAUUUGUCAUACGAUGAUUUUAUAUCUGGUAUCAAGCGCCUGAAUAUAGACGAAGAGGAGCUUGGCUUUGCCCUCACCGAUGCGCACCUUUACAGAGUGGUUGAGGCGAUCGACCUAACGGGUUCCAAGCGCAUCAACUAUCUGGAGUUCCUUCAGGCAUUCCACGUCGUCGACAGCAGCUCAAAGAACAACCUUGCUGAAGAGCUGUGGGGUCAGAUCUGCACGACCCUUUUCCAGCACUCCAACAGCAUCCGGAGAGCUCUCCAUCAGUUUGAUCCAGACUUGACUGGAAAGGUGGACUCUGAAGACUUCCGCUCCGCCCUCGUGACGCUCAAUACUGUUUUGGCUAGAACAGAGGCACCCCUGACCGAGGAGCAGAUCGAUUUACUCGUUAAUUUCAUGGAUCUAGACAGCGAAGGAAUGGUAGAAUACGAAGAAUUCCUGGAUUCGUUUAUUCCGGUUGACAGUUACUGCACCGGUCCUAGUGGCCUGCCGUGCCUUCCGGAUGCAACAGAAGCCGCUCCUGCAUCCACAUCGUCUGCUCCUCCUGCCACUGCUCCUAAUGGAGAUAACUUUUCUGCGAAGCAAGCAGGCUUGAAGGUUAAUGAUGGAAAAGGUGGCAGCAGCGGCAUCGCCGAUCCUCAGAAACCCGCAGCAACAGCUAGUAGCACUGCGAAAAGCAGCAAGCAUUCAAUGGAAGUUGACGAAGGGAACAGGCGGUUCACGUUUAGUAGCCAUGUCGGAAGGUAG